AUGAUGACCGUCCCGCUUGUUGUCGCGCUGUUCAACUCGCCCUUCGUCCUCACCACCCUCGCCUUCCUCCUCUUCACCCUCCUCGUCUCCAAGACGCGCAGCAAUGUUGCUGCCCGGGGAACGUUGCCUCCGUCGCCGCCCAGCCUGCCAGUCUUCGGCCACCUUCGUCUACUCGGGAGCCUGCCGCACAGGAGCCUCCGGUCACUGGCCGCGUCCUACGGCCCGGUCAUGUACCUACGCCUCGGGCGUGUGCCCACCGUCGUGGCGUGCUCCGCGGCCGCCGCGGAGGAGGCCAUGAAGACCCGCGACCUGGCCUUCGCCAGCCGCCCCAAGCUGUUCAUGGUCGACCGGUUCUACUACGGCACCGGCGGCAUCGGCUUCGCGCCGUACGGCGAGCACUGGCGCCAGGCCCGCCGCGUCUGCGUCACCCACAUGCUUAACCCGCACCGCCUCCUGUCCUUCAGGCGCGUCCGGGGGCAGGAGGUCGCCGCCCUCGUCGACCGGGUGCGCCGCGCCGGUACCGUCGUGAACCUGAGCGACAACCUCAUCGUCUACUCUUUCACCGCCAUCUCUCGCGCCACCUUUGGCGACACGGACUACGGGAUCGACGGCGAGGAGGGGGGAGCGAGGCUGAGGAAGGUGUUCGCCGAGAUCGAGGAGCUUCUCGGCACGGCCCCCAUGGGGGAGAAGGUGCCAUGGCUGCGGUGGGUCGACGUCCUGACGGGACUGGAGCGGAAGACGAGGCGCGCGUUCGAGGAGAUGGAUGGACUGCUCGAGCGGGUCAUCACGGACCAUCGCCAAAAGAGCGGCGCCGGGGACAACGACCAGCGUGACUUCGUGGACGUGCUGUUAGGGGCCAACGAGCUCGACACGAACGGCAUCAAGGCCAUCAUCCUGGACAUGCUUGCCGCCGCCACGGAUUCAACGUUCACGUUGCUGGAAUGGGCCAUGGCGGAGCUCAUCAACCACCCGCAAGAAAUGCGCAAGCUCCAGGACGAGGUCCGCACGGCCGUCGGCGACGCCGGCCACGUCACCGAGGAUCAUCUGCCGGAUCUACGCUACCUGAAGGCCGUCGUCAAGGAGACCCUCCGGCUCCACCCUCCCACGCCGCUCCUCCUGCCCCGGGAGACGGUCGAGGACACCCAGCUGCUCGGCUACCACGUCCCGGCAGGCACGCGGGUGCUGAUCCACGCCUGGGCCAUCGGCCGUGACCCGGCGACGUGGGGCGACCGCGCCGAGGAGUUCGUGCCGGAGAGGUUCUUGGAGUACACCCACGAGAUGGGGCAAGACUUCGCGUUCUUGCCCUUCGGCGCCGGGAGGAGAGGUUGCCCCGGGGUCAAGUUCGCCAUGCCGUCCAACGAGCUGGCCCUCGCGAGCCUGGUGUACCAUUUCGACUGGGAGCUAGCCGGCGGGAGGAAGCCGCCCGUGGACAUGACCGAGCUGCACGGGCUCUCCGUGCGCCUGAAGACGCCUCUGCUUCUGGCUGCUAAACCGUGGUCAGGCCGUGGUGUCGAAUGAGAGAAAAGCGUCUCUACAUGCUUCUUCUAAGUAGUACGAACUAGCUCAGAGCUCGGAUGA